AAGAAAGGUGUGUAUGUAUGUGUGUGGGAGGUUUUCAGUCCUGUAAAUAAUAACAAUAAUCUCCAGCUCUUCACUGAUCACUUCUUUCCUCUCCCAUUACUCCUAAAGAGUGUUCCUGCAUGUUUUACUGGUGAUACAAGGUUUCCUUUGGAAGUCAGAUGCCAAUUUGAGCUUCAAUUAGAAACUUUACCAAAAAGUUGUUAAGCACUGAAAGAGCAUGUGAGCUCCCUUUGAGCAUCUUGCCUGCCUUUGGGGUAUCCCUGUGAAGAGCUGCAGGUUCUUAAAUGCUUUGAGAAGGGGCGAGGGGAUCAGUUCCUGGAAGAGUUUUCUUUCCCUGGAGGACCCUGGAGGAAUUUUGCUUGUACUUUAUAUCCACUUAGAGGUGAGAACAAAUGCACCUUGCUCUGCAUUUCUUGGAACUGGGUCUUGCUCACCACUUACUUCUCUAGUAGUAGUGCUGUGUGUUUUUGUGUACUCCUGACUCCUGUGGUCCUGCAGUGGUUGUGGAUUUUUUGCCUCGUGUGGUUUGAAGCAGAGUUGCUAAGGACUCUCUCUGUGUGUAGGAAUAGCAGAUUAGAAAAUGAGAGGUUGGUAGGCUCAAAGAGCUUCCUGAAAGUGUGGGAGUGCAGGCCAGAGAAAGGAAGAGAAAUCUUUUGAAGCUGUAUCAGUGCUUCACAUGGACAAGAAUAGCAGGCAGAGAGUAUUGACAGAGUGGUCUGAGGAUAAGUGUUGCUGCAUAGCAAAGUGUUACUGCUGUAAAAAUCACUGUUGUCCACUCAUGAAACAAAUUCUUCCAGUGUCAGUGCAGUUUUACUGGUAUGGCUGAGUCACAGCACAUUCUGCUCACACAGCUGUGUUAAUGUUAGUCAGACCUGGUGAACGCUGAUAAGUCUGCACGUGUCAGUAGUGUACGUGCAACCCUUAUAAAAAUUGUGGAAGUGAUGUGAGGAGCAUGUCUUGUGACAUGCUCUGUCCCUGGGAGGAGGUGGCUGGGUGUUCUGUUGCAGGUCUGUAACAUGUGUGGUUCAUUACUGGUGCAGUGGUGCUUGUGCCCUUCCUCCAGCUUGUCGAAUGUCCUUCCUGAAAACAAUUCAACUCUUUACCUGAAAGAUUGUAGUGAGUAGUAGCCAGGCCUUGGGUCCUUGGUGGAGCAAGGAAGCAUUUUGUUUUGUGUUUUAGCUGCUGUUUACAAAGGCUUUACAAACCAAAUCAGUGUAAUUUCCUGGUUUUCUCAUGGGGAAACUGAGGCAGGGAGUAGCAAGGGUGAGAAAAAAGCAGCUUAUGUUGCACCUACAAUCCUAAUAUAGGAAUAGCAACCUGUUUCACUUUAGCCUGGUGCUUUGGGCACCUGUUCAACAAAACAUUUAAGCAUAUGCUUAAUGAUGUGCAUGGCAAUAGCUCCCUUACCAUUUCCUCUUUUCAGAGCACCAUAAACAGCGAUUCUAUCUGAACCCAGACUGCAGGGCUGUGCCCACUCAUGCCAACCCAUUGGAAUCACCCAAGCUGUCAGCCACGACACAGCUGGUGUCAACAUCUGGCCUGUAGAACCUGUCUUAUCGUUAAGGAUGCAGAAGGUGGAGCAAAGAGUCAUCUGAACGCAGGAAAGAAUUUCGUACACACCUCCAGCGAGCCCGGUACCGAAUUACUCUUCGUCACCACUACAUGUCCCAGUGGCUCAAGCAGUCAGGAUGGAGGACGACACCAUCAGACUGCCAGCACACCUGCGUGAGUGUCAGCACGAGGAAGACACGGUCAGACUGCCAGCACACCUACAUCACUCUGAGAGCACCAAGCAAAAGUAUCAGAACAGUUUGCAGCCGGUUUACUGGAGCAGGGAAGAUGUGGCACAGUGGCUCCGGUGGGCGGAGAAGGAAUUUUCCUUGCGGCCCAUUGAGAGCAGCACCUUCGAGAUGAACGGCAAAGCUCUGCUGCUCCUGACCAAAGAGGACUUUCGAUACAGGUCCCCUCAUUCAGGUGAUGUUUUGUAUGAACUCCUUCAGCAUAUCCUGAAGCAGAGGAAAGCUCAUAUGCUCUUCACACCCUUCUUCCAUCCUGGAAACUCUAUCCAUACUCAGCCAGAGGUCACAUUGCACCACAAUCAUGAUGAAGAUAGCUUUGUGCAGAGACCUUCGAGGCCACCUGCAGAAGCAGUCCACCACAGCACCCCAACCAUUGAACUGUUGCAUCGCUCGCGGUCGCCCGUCACCAACAACCACCGCCCAUCGCCGGACCCCGAGCAGCGGCCGCUCAAGUCCCCCAUGGAUAGCACCUUCCGCCGCCUGUCCCCAGCCGACAGAGUGCCAGGGACAAGGCACCAGUAUGAGAACAACCAGCAGGAGUCCUAUCCUCUCUCAGUGUCCCCAGUAGAAAACAACCACUGCCCGCCUUCUUCCGAGGUGCUCCAGAAGCCUUCCAGCCCUCGCCAGGAGAACACCAGGAUCAUCCAGCUGAUGCCCAGCCCUAUCAUGCAUCCUUUGAUACUGAACCCCAGGCACUCCGAUUUCAAACCACCAAGGUUGUCCGAGGAUGGGCUGCACAGGGACGUCAAGCCCAUCAACCUGUCCCACCGAGAAGAGCUAGCUUACAUGAACCACAUCAUGGUGUCUGUCUCCCCUCCCGAGGACCACGCGAUGCCAAUCGGCAGGAUAGCAGACUGUAGGUUGCUUUGGGAUUAUGUUUAUCAGCUGCUUUCUGACAGCCGGUACGAAAAUUUCAUCCGAUGGGAAGAUAAGGAAUCAAAAAUAUUUCGGAUAGUGGAUCCCAAUGGGCUGGCUCGUCUGUGGGGAAACCACAAGAACAGAACAAAUAUGACUUAUGAGAAAAUGUCCAGAGCCCUACGCCACUACUACAAACUAAAUAUUAUCCGGAAGGAGCCAGGACAAAGGCUUUUGUUCAGGUUCAUGAAGACCCCAGAUGAGAUCAUGAGUGGCCGGACAGACCGCCUCGAGCACCUUGAAUCCCAGGAACUGGAUGAACAAAUAUACCAGGAAGAGGAGUGCUGAAGGAACCAGGUGCGCCACCUCUGUGGGUGCAGGGGAGAAACAUCUGCCUGAGGUCGGCACGGUUUGGGAGGGGAAGCAACAACACAGGAGCAGUCCUUAGGUCGCUGCUUAGCCUGAAGACCACGCAGGACCUGAAGCACCUUAACACAGCUAACUAACCAGCAGAAGUGGUGCUGGCAGGAAAGCAAAGGGGAGAAAGCCUGGACUUAUGCACUGCUUCACUCUUCUACCGAGUCUCCCUUGAGUUUUUUCUUUCCUUUUGGCUUGUUUCAGUUUUGGGGUUUUUUUGACAUUUUUUUUUCCCUAAUAAACAUGCAGUUUGACUUUCCUUAUCUCACAUGGG